AUGAACAAGCACAAGCACGUGAGUGUGGUUGCAGGGACGAAUGAAAAGGUAAAGUUAAGAAAAGAAUUACACAUACACGAUGAUGUUGCAAUUUCCAUUCUAUUAAAAUUGUGUAUUAAAUCUUUGAGGAGAUUUGAAUGUGUUUGUAAAUCAUGGUCCCUCUUAUUUGAUAAUCCUAAUUUCAUGACUUUGUACCGCAAAGUUUUCUUAACAAAGGAUCAUCCUUAUUAUGAUCAUACAUCUCUUCUUCUACAUGGGAUGUUUACUCCUUCAAAAGCAUUUGAAUUGUAUUCUGUUGCUGGGGAUAGGUUUGAGAAUAAGGUCAAGUUAGAGUGGCCUAGGGUGAAAUAUGAUCAACCAAUAUCUGUAUAUACUCUUUUAAAACAAAAUGAGUAUAAUUGUGUUCCUAAUUUUAACAUUUUAGGUUCAUGUAGUGUUAAUGGGAUCCUUUGUCUAAUCCCGCCAUUCCGACCGAAAACGGUUGUACUGUGGAAUCCAUCUAUUAAUGACUUUAAGGUUAUUUCCCCUAGUUUUGUUAAUGAUAAUCAUUCUUUUCAUAUUCAUCAUGGGUUUGGUUAUGACCGUCACACAGACGAUUAUAAAGUGAUUUAUGAAGUGAUGUGUUAUAGACAAAUAUUUGGUAUGAAAGAUCUUUGGAAGAUAUAUAGUCUAAGAACCAACUCUUGGAGAAUACUCGAUCUUAAUAUGCAUCACAAGUUUAUGGAUGUACAACAAUUGUACAUGGAUGGACUCUCUCAUUGGAUGUGCAAAAGUGAAACACAUGACGGAACAUAUCUGCUGUCAUUUGACUGGAGCAAUGAAGUUUUCAUUACGACAUCGAUACCCUCAGACAUUGAUGACAACUUUGUGCCAUCAGUAAGGAAACACUUCAUGUUAUUGAAGGGCUCUAUUGCUUUGAUAUUAAAUUUCGAAGAGAAGGCUACAUUUCACAUUUCAGUUUUGGGAGAAGUUAGUGUAAAGGAAUCAUGGACUAAAAUGUUUAUUAUAGGGCCCAUCCCUUGCCUUAUGUAUCCUAUUGGAGAGGGAAAGAAGGGUGAUAUGAUGUUCGUUAAAGAAGAUGGUGGACUGGUUUUGUUCAACUUAAAUACCCAAGCGAUUGAGGAGGGCCUUGGUAUUAAAACAAAUAGAUUUCAUUGUACGAUACUAGUUCAUAGAGAAAACCUUAUUCCGUUUGAAGGAAAGGUUUAUAGCAACAUCUUUGUAUUUUAUGAGGCAAUAUUAAAGGAUUUCAUGACGCAUCAGUGUGCUGGAUAUGGUUAUCCAACUUCUAGUAAGUCCUCCGAGGAUUACAAAAUUUCUCAAACGUGGUGCAAAAAAGAUCUUGAGAAAAAUAUCCCUUCCAUCAUGCCUAAUGGUCCUGAAAUAGCUAGUCCUGGUAGUCACGGCGAGGGUACUUCUCGUGGUAAUAAUAACCAUGAUCAAAGUACAUAUGAUAAGAAUAAUUAUAUUGCUAGACCUCCAAUAUUCAAUGGAGACUCUACUGAAUUUUAA